AUGCAGCUCCCAGCACCAUUUUCCCGCUAUCUCUCCUCGCUUCGCGCUUUGAACCAGCGUGUGCAGGAGAGAGCUGCGACAGAGCAGCAGAAGAAAGGUCUAUAUAGUCGAUUAAGCGAUGUCUUCUGUCGCACGUGGCAUCUGGGAUUUACUGCCUUUGGAGGCCCACCGGUUCAUUUCCAGAUUUUCCAUGAGAAGUUUGUCGAGGGCAAAGGGGGCCAGGAGAAAUGGGUGGACGAGCAGAGUUAUCAAGAGCUUUUUGCUAUUUGUCAAGCUCUACCGGGCCCCGCGAGCACGAAGAUGCUCUUCUGCCUGGCUUUAUUGCAUGCGGGCUUCAUCCCGGCCGUUUUAGUAUUCAUGCUAUGGAGUCUUCCCGGCGCGGUAGGCAUGUACGCUCUCUCCCUGGGAAUUCAAAAUAUCAAUGAUUCCCUACCCCCUAUCGCAUAUGCACUCCUCUCUGGUCUGAAUGCCUCAACCGUGGGGAUCAUUGCUUUGGCAGCAGUCCAGCUAGCGGAGAAAGCAAUCAAGGACAAGCUCACCCGCAUUCUGGUCAUCCUUGGGGCGUGCGCAGGUCUCUGCUACAAUGCUCUCUGGUAUUUUCCCCUGCUGAUGGUGAUUGGUGGCAUGUCCACUGUUGUAUGGGAUGGAUGGAUGAGCCAAUUCAUUCGUAAGACGAGAUUGAAAUGGAGACGGAGGGAUAGCCACCUGGAAGAAGCCAGGCAGGCAAAUGAUGUUCCCUCUGAAGUGGAGCUCCAGGAGCAACAGGAUCGUCAGAGUCAAAUGAUAACCGUCAACCAGAGCAAUAUGCGGUCACGAAAGACUAGACAGGCUACAAUGCCCCUCCCGGAGUCGACAUCUGAUACGCAGACUUUAUCCUCGGAAGUUAGCUCGUCUCAGGAUCAUAUCAUCCGUAUCCGUGUUGGGAUCAUGGCCUGCAUCGCUUUUUUCGCAUCAUUCAUCGCGAUCAUGGUAGCAAGAGGCGUUAUAACCGCCCCACCACUUGCCCUCGAUCUAUUCGCAAACAUGUAUCUGGCGGGGACGAUUAUCUUCGGUGGCGGCCCUGUCGUGAUCCCUCUUCUUCGCUCCUAUGUCGUCGACCCCGGCUGGGUGUCUGGCAGGGAUUUCCUGAUCGGCCUGGCUCUUAUUCAAGCAUUCCCUGGCCCGAACUUCAACUUGGCCGUUUUCUUGGGUGCUCUUGCUCUCCAGAAGUCUCAAUUCCCGACUAUCUUCGGUGCCUUCCUCGGCUACAUCGGCAUCUUCGUGCCCGGUAUCACACUGGCAGUUGCUAUGCAAAGCUUCUGGAGAGUGCUGCGCCAGAAGAAAUGGGUCGUCGACUGGCUAAGGGGCGUCAAUGCCAGUGCUGUCGGUCUGGUGUUUACCGCUGUGUAUAGGCUCUGGGAGAUUGGGUAUCUCACCCCCAAGGCCAGCAAUGGCCAAAGUCUUGCUAUUGAGCCAUGGUGGGUGGUUGUUGCAGCCGUCACCUACGCAGAGAAUGCUUGGUUCAAGGUGCCUCCACCAGUGGCGAUUAUCUUUGGUGGUAUUUUAGGUCUUUGCUGGUAUGGUGCUGUUGAACGUUAG